GCACAAGCCCGCCGCAUUUUAUGCAUACAGUUGGAAUCAAAGAUAGCUGGCGUACUUCGCAGCUGUUGAUUCUUGGGACUGUAUUACGAUAUUGCAUACAAAGAAGUCGAUUUGGUCCACACAGAGACGUUGUUGUGACUCACCGAAUUUUGGGCGAUUCAAGAGGGGUCGCUACAUACAAUUUUCCCGCAGUAUCUCAACUUUUUUCUUCAACAAUCUGCAGCGCAAGCUAGAGCUUGGAGAGAGCAGAUAAUACCAGAAUGGCUCCAAAUUCGGCGGUCCUGACUCCAGGAUUGUCCUCAUUUCUCAAAUCCCUGAAAACAAAUCCUAUCGAGACAUCGAUCGACAAUCUAGUAUCUCUCUUGAAGCGACGACAAAUUCGUCUAUCACGAUCAUGCGCCAUAGCAACUGCUUACCUCCUUCUCCGGGUCGUGUCAGCCUUUCGAACAACAGAUGCCACAAAACUGAUCGAACGAGUACAGAGCGUGGGCAGGCGACUUAUGGUCGCCCAACCCAGGGAACUAGUCGUGGGAAAUAUUGUGAGGCGCGUACUGGGUCUAAUAAGAGACGAAGCAGAGGAUGAGAGGGAUGCAGACUUUUUUCUCGCCAGUGAAGCUGGAUCUGACAGCCGGCCACAUACCCCUCAUGGAGCAGAAAGCCAUUCCCCUCCCCGCUCGCAUAUCGCGGACGACCUCUCACUUCCCGUGCAUGACAAGGAUCUUCUAUCCCUUCGUCAAGAAGGCUCAGAACGAUCGUCCUCUCGACCUCCUCUGUCUUCCACACCAUCUCAAGCACCCCCCGUCAUUUCCAUGUUUAGUCUCCUCCAACACCCUGAAGCAGAAUCGCCUCAACCUAGUUCUCCGGGUACCGUUUCGCCAUCAGGCCGAUACCAGGGACAGGGUCAUCACAAAGACAUUCGAGCCGAAGUCCUGGACGGAAUCGGCGAGAUCAUUGACGAGCUGGGACAAGUAGAUGACCAGAUCGCGGGUUAUGCCCCGGAACAUAUCCAUUCCAACGAGAUUAUUUUGACAUAUACCUCAUCCACCACUGUUCAAAAAUUCUUACUGAAAGCCGCAGCCAAAAGGAAGUUCACCGUCAUUCAUGCCGAGUCUUUUCCCAAUAAUCACGAGGCGACUCAUGCUCGAGUCAGCGGUAACACCGACAAUGAUGAUCAGAGUCUUACAGCAGAGAAUUUCACGAAGCCAUUGACUGCGUUGGGAAUAACUGUCAUUGUCAUUCCAGAUUCUGCAGUCUUUGCUAUCAUGUCCCGGGUCAAUAAAGUCAUCUUGGGGACGCAUUCCGUUCUAGCUAAUGGUGGCCUGGUUGCUGCUGCGGGCACUCGAGUGAUUGCUCGAGCAGCCAAAGUCCACCAAACCCCAGUCGUUGUCGUCAGUGGAAUCUACAAACUCAGUCCUGUAUAUCCAUUUGACAUUGACUCACUCAUUGAGUACGGCGAUGCCAGCAAUGUCAUUCCUUAUGAGGACGGGGACUUGGUCGACAAGAUUGAUGUCGAAAACCCCCUUUACGAUUAUGUGCCUGCUGAACUGGUGGACUUGUACAUUACGAAUUUGGGUGGUCAUGCGCCAUCAUAUCUUUACCGUAUCGUCUCGGAUCAUUAUCGCAAAGAAGAUAUCUCUUUUUAGUGGAAUAGAUAGUUCCUACAAUGAAAGCCCAAACUCUACAAUACU